AUGAAGGCGAUUCCCGAGGAGAUAGCGGCACUUGUCUCAGACCUUGAAGUUUUCUUGUGCGAUGGAUUGAAAGGGGAGAAUUUGAGCAAAAAGGCAAAAGAAAAAAGAGAAGUUUUCCUAAAGAGGCUCAAGGAAGUAAAACUUGGUUUCCCUCAUGAUUUCAAAGACAAAAGUGAGGAGGAUUUUGAGGAAGAGAGGGAGUCUGACAGCAACAACGACACCGGCUCCCUGCAAUCAGAGCGCACGGACAAAGAUGAAGAAACCUGUGAAGGCGCCCAGCAGUCUCCUCCUGUGGCUGCUCAGGACCUGACGUCUGUGUUUAAGUCUGGAUAUCUGGAGAAACGAAGGAAAGACCACAGUUUCUUUGGGACCGAGUGGCAGAAGAGAUGGUGCGCUCUGAGCCAGCAGACAUUCUACUACUACGGCAGCGAUAAAGACAAGCAGCAGAAAGGAGAGUUUGCUAUUGACGGCUACUCGGUCAAUAUGAACAACACUUUACGCAAAGAUAACAAGAAAGACUGUUGUUUUGAGAUUUCCGCUCCGGACAAAAGAGUCUAUCAGUUCUGUGCGUCAUCGGCCAAAGAGGCGGAGGAGUGGGUGAAAGAUAUAGACUUUGUUCUAAAAGCUAUGAGCGGUGUUAUUCCAGAGGAUGAAGAUGAGUACAAUGAUGUUGAGCACGUGGCGGACGAAAAAGCAGAAGAGCCCAAUGAGGAUGAUAUCUAUGAAGAGUUGCCAGAAGAGGAAGAUCCCAUUCCUGCAAAGCCUCCUCCAAAGAUUGAGCCACUGAAAAAGCCGCCUCCUCCCGCUGCUGCUCCAGUGGUGGAUAAGAGCACAGACUACAAGAACUUCUACCAGUGCCUGUGGGACUGCCUGGGGGACCACCCUGACGAGCUGUCCUUUAAACGUGGCGACGCCAUCUACAUCCUCAGCAAGGAAUACAACCUGUUUGGUUGGUGGGUUGGAGAGAAGAAUGGAGCUAUUGGCAUCGUUCCCAAAGACUACCUGAUGGAGCUCUAUGUUACAUAA